ACAUGGUGUAGGGUGAGACCAAAGUGCUAAUACGAGAACUCACUGUCCGACGUGCUAUAGUUAUUUGAGAAGCAAGCAAGACAAUGAUGCAGAUCAACUUUUACCAUCUGUGUGAAUUGGCAAUAGUCUGCAUUUCUGUGUCUUUCUUUUCGUGCGAGGGUAAAAUCAGCGCCGAGCCAGUCCGAGCCCGUCGUCAGCAAGAAGAAACAGGUGUUUGUUUUAAUGUCCCCGACUGUGAAUUUACGGGCGGCGUAUCUACCGACUCUUUGGUAACGUUUGACGAUUGCUGUAACAAGAUUGGUGGAAAGUCGCGGGCACUGCAUAAUGGUGCAUGCCGGAACUGUAUACGCAAUGGUAGUGGUGAGCUUCUAAUAUUGGUCAGAUAUGCAAACAAAACGCAUUUUUGUUGUUUCGAACCAGAGCUAUCUCCAACUGUAGCCGAACCGUCGCCAAACGGUAACUCUGAUUCCAUCAGUGACUGGACUCCUUGGGGUGCCUGUUCUCACACGUGCGGUCCUUCCGGAACCAGAAGCAGACAGAACAUAUGUGGUCCAUCAAACAAACUUACCGUGUGUAAAGAGCAAGAUCAAAAAUGCAAUCGGGACGUCAGCUGUCCGGUCAAUGGACAAUGGGGAAGAUGGAGUAGAUGGUCAUCUUGUUCCAAAAAGUGCAAACGGUCAAGAAAAAGAUCAUGUGACAGACCAAAACCAUCCGAUGGAGGAAACGACUGUGUUGGUGUAGCACGUGAGAAGACUAGAUGCAAAAGAAAUCCCCCUUGUCAAGUUCACGGUGGAUGGAGUGCAUGGACGCAGCAGCCGUGCACAAGAUCGUGCGGAGGCGGAUUUCAGAUUGUCACGCGACAAUGUGACAACCCAACACCAGAGAACGGUGGCAGAGAUUGUGUUGGUUCAGAACUUAAAUACCGGCCAUGCACCACAAAAUGCUGUCCAGUACAUGGCCACUGGAGUGAGUACACGAGCUGGUCACUGUGUGAAGUGACUUGUGGAGGUGGCAGGCGAUUUCGAAAAAGAAAAUGCGACAAUCCUCCACCGUCGUGCAAUGGACGCAAUUGCAGUGGGUUUUCAAUAGACACUGAGGCCUGUUCUCCCAAUGAUUGUCCCGUGGAUGGAGGUUGGAGUGCCUGGACUACAACAGUCUGCACUAAACGUUGCGAGGCGGGUCAUCAGGAAAAAUUUCGUAAGUGCGAUAACCCUAAACCUAGUGGCAGAGGUGCAGAUUGUCCCGGAAUUGAAAGGGAAACUGUACCAUGCAAUGAACAGCCUUGUCCCGUUGAUGGGGAAUGGAGUUUCUGGAGCUCAUGGAGUACUUCAUGUCCUAAAUGUGGUAUAGGCUCCUACAAAAAUCGUACUAGAAUGUGUGACGAUCCUCCUCCCCAAAACGGUGGUCUUUUCUGCCCUGGACCAAUUUCAGAAAGGACUCCGUGCUCAAUUUCUAAUUGUCCAGUCAACGGCGGAUGGAGCUCUUGGACGGACUUUACAGAUUGCCCCAAAUCUUGCGGUGGCUCUCGAUACCAGCGAACCAGGAAGUGUGAUAAGCCACCACCAAACUUUGAUGGUCUUCCUUGUUCAGGAGAAUACCGUGAAUCCAAGCCGUGCAACACCCAGAAAUGUCCAGUGAAUGGUGGUUGGAGCUACUGGACGGAAUGGAGUCACUGCUCUACAACGUGUAACAGAGGAGGAAGAAAUCGUUUACGGGCAUGUAACAAUCCCAAACCAAGGUACAACGGAACCGAGUGCCCAGGCCCAGCCACAGAAUGGGCAGCGUGCCCUGGUCCAAGAAGUUGCCCAGUGGACGGUGGAUGGAGUCCGUGGUCUCAGUUUUCUCCUUGCACGGCGAGCUGUGAAGGUGGCACAAACGAAAGUUACCGUGAAUGCAACAGUCCCCGACCGCAUAAUAACGGUCGCUAUUGUGGAGGAUUCGCAAGAAGAACAUUUGAAUGCAACAAACAUCCGUGUCCUGUCGACGGAGGAUGGACGUGGUGGAGUAGUUGGUCUUCCUGCUCGUCAACAUGCAAAGGAGGAACGCAGAGCAGAACCAGACAAUGCACAAAUCCUCCGCCAAGGUUCCAAGGAGUUUCCUGUCAAGGUCUAAACGUGGAGACUCAAACGUGUGCAAAAAUCAAAUGUCCAGUUGAUGGCAACUGGGGAAAAUGGAGUGUGUGGUCUGAGUGCAGUAAAAUUUGUGAGACCGGAACACGAUUUCGAACUCGGUUAUGCAACAAUCCCCGACCUGAAUUUGGCGGGAAACAGUGUAAUGAUCCGUCUACUGGAAGAGAAGAGAGCCUGUGUAAUACACACAAGUGUCCAGUAAACGGAGGAUGGGGUGCUUGGACAGAGUAUACAUUCUGCAGUAAAACCUGCGAUACGGGAUCACAAAAAAGAAGUAGAAAGUGCAACAAUCCCCCUCCAAAAUAUGAAGGUACAGGCUGCAAUGGCAACGACGCAGAAUCAAGGCUCUGCAACAAAUUCGGAUGCCCAGUGGACAGCAGCUAUUCUCAGUGGACGUCUUGGGCUGAAUGCUCGCGAAGUUGCGGAAGAGGUAAUACUGAGCGAACACGACAUUGUAAUCUUCCGUUGAAUGGGGGACGUCCUUGUCUGUCUAUCGGUCUUCCACAAGAGUCAAAAGUUUGCUGUAAAAGGUCUUGUAUUGGUACUGUAUCCUAUACAACGUACUCGCUGGUUUCGUCUCAAACAGCAAUCGUGCAAAGAUAUACAGUUGCAUGCGGUAUUUGGGAUCUCGGUCGCUGUGAGAGAUCCAGGACUGUUUACAAGCGGAAGUAUGUCAGACAAGAAAAGACUCUGUACAGGCAUGCUACCAAAGAUAGUUGUUGAGUAGGAGAAACCACUGAUAAUGAAGCGCAAGGUGUUGUGACCGCUGAGUCAAACGCAGUGAGUGUCACUGCGUCGUUCAAGUGUUGAUUGUUGCUGUUUGUAAUUACACGUAGUGGUUGCAUGUUGUCUGUCUGAUGACGCGAUUUGCAGGGUGACUAGGUAACUGUCAUAUUCCUGUAAUAAAAUAUGAUAAACGAACCCGUC